GCGAGCGAGCGAGGCGCGAGCGGAGGGAGACAGCACUGCCAUGUCGCAGGAGGGCUUCUAUGAUUGCGAUCGGGCCCCCCCGCGUCCCAUGGCGUCAGAGCUGGGGGCACUCGGGGAGCACGAGGGCUCCAUCGACCUGGCCGCCUACAUCGGCGAUGAGCAGCUGCUGUCGGAGCUUCUGCAGGGCCCCCAGCAGCGGGCGCCGAAGAGCACCCCCUUCCCGGGCUACCUGCAGGGGGAGCCCUGGGGCUACGGGAGCCCCCACAAGGGCUACGGCGCCCUGGUGAAGGAGGAGCCGCGGGGGGCAGAGCCUGGGCGCCGCAGCGGCUACAACCCCCUGCCCUUCCAGGUGGCGCAUUGCGGGCAAACGGCCAUCAGCCUGCCACCAGGGGGCGCCAGCCCGGCCCUGCGCACGCUUAAGGCACCCCCCUGCAGCCCACUGCUGGCCUCGCCGGGCCCGGGGAAGGGGAAGAAGGCAGUGAACAAGGACAGCCUGGAGUACCGGCUGCGCCGCGAGCGGAACAACAUCGCCGUGCGCAAGAGCCGGGACAAGGCCAAGCGGCGGGUGCUGGAGACGCAGCAGCGGGUGCUGGAGCUGGCAGCAGAGAACGAGCGGCUGCAGAGCCGGGUGGCGCAGCUCAGCCAGGAGCUUGACACGCUCCGGGCCCUGUUCCGCCAGGUGCCCGAGGCCGCCAUGCUGGGCAAGGGGCUGGGCGGCUGCAGCUGAGUGAGCCCCCCAAUAAACCUGCUG